AUUACACAGAGGUUAUUAUUUAAUUAAACUUAUGUAUUAGUUGACUUAUCCUAUACCUUUGAUAUAAAUUGAGAAUAAAACGAAAUGGUAAGUCCAUAUGUUAGUUAAAAAUAUUUAAUUAAUAUAUAUAUAUUUAAAAUUAAUAUCAAAUUAUGGAACAUAUAUUUUCUUAUUUUUCCUUUUAUAAAUGUAGAUAUAGUUUGUACAAAUGAGCAUCCUCCCCCGACCUCAACACACACACAGCAUUGCAACACCACAUCGAUUCAAACAUACAUCACUAACACGCAACUUUCACCACAGUACGCUUACAACCCACAUUCUACACUACUCGUGAGAGCGCUACACACCGACAUCUACACGCAUCAGCGCACAUCUACACCAACACCAUCCGAUUCAGCACCAACGGGAACCAGGAAGGACCGAUAAACAGAUCGACUCUUUCAGUUCGUUUGCGACCUCAUCAGCGAUCGGUUCGACAUAAAUAAAAAUAAAAACACAAAACCCAAUCAAGAAUAAUUUACAUAUAGUAUGUACAAUGUACAUUGUACAUAUAAACCGUGAGAAACUGCUGUGAAAAGAACAUACAUAUAUAAAUGUGAAUAUCUAUUUAAUUUUAAAAAAGUGCAGUAAAAUAGUGCGGUAAACAAAACAAAGCAAAUGCUCAGUAAAACAAUAAAUUCACAUAAAACAAAAGAAAAAAAUUCCCGCAACAAAAACAAAGGUGCAGUGAACUGCCGAAAUAUAUAAACAGUGGUGGUCUUAUAAAUAGAAACGAUUGUGCUGCAUAAAGUUUUCUUAAUUUAUUUUAAAAAUUACAUUGCCACAUUAAAACUAUAAAUUGGAACCAAUAAAAUAACGCGAUUAUUUGAGUUUUACAAAAAAGAACACCAACAACAUUCACUUCCGAGUGAAUAUCAAGCAAAUUCACUUCCAAUCUAACAUUUGGUGUUCUAUGUUCCACUUCAUUUACACAUUUUUUUCAAAAAUAAAUUUCGAGUGAAUAUGCGUGUUCUGGAAAACGAAUUCACAAGAAAUUUGUCGGUUUGCAUUCACUUCAAUUCAAACUUGGGAAUUUGUUGCGCGAAUAUGGGAAAACAUAAGAAUGCAGAGCAGGAUGCAAUAAUUAUCCAAUUCAUGGAAGCCCAUAAAGACAUCGCCCGUGGCUUUGUAAAAGGCUAUAAAAUCAAAAGCGAUGCGCUUUGGAAGCAGUUUGCAGCGGAGCUUAACAAACAUGGCCCACCAGAAAAAGAUAUUUCUGGCUGGAAAAAGGUUUGGAUGGAUUGGAAGUCCUUUAUCAGGAAAAAAGUUGCCCACAAUAAUUCCGAAGCUAGAGCAACUGGGGGAGGGCCGUUUAACAAGCAUACGUUAACAGCAACAGAAGAUAAAAUUGCCCAGUUGUGUGGCAUAUAUACCGUUGUGGGCGGCAUCGAAAAAACGGCUGACUUUGGUGCUCCUCAAAAUUCUGAGGAGAUGACAGGCAAUUCAAGCGAGGAUGAAGACGCAGAAUUGCCAUGCACAAGCAGUGCCGCCCUCUCAACGCCAUCUCGCAGACGCCAGCUUGGGGGGUCUGACUGCCUUAGGGAAAAUGUUAAUGAGCAGACUGUGGCCAUGAAAACCCUUGUGCAUGGGCUAGAGGAAAAUGUUGACGCCACUAGGGAAAUUAGUGCGGGCCUUAAAAGCGUGUGUGUUGACGUGAAAGAAUUGACCAUCGCCGUUAAAGAAAGUACGGCCGAGAACAUGCGUCACCACCUACAACUGGAAAAGCUUAGACAAGAGGAGAAUGAGAUAAAAAUGAAGGAGUUUGAGCUGCAAGAGCUCAAAAUGUGCGCAAAGUACAAUCGCGGCAAGAACAAUUAA